AUGAGAUCGUCAAAAGAAAUCGCGGAGUCAGACAGGAGGCCCUCGUUUGAGGUGGGAGAGGUGAAGGCCGUCGACGCCGAUGCCGCCAAGUUGGCUGAGAUGGGCUACACCCAGGACAUGCAGCGCAAUUUCAGCGUCUGGUCUGUCUUGGGUGUGGGCUUUUCCUUGACCAACUCGUGGUUCGGUAUCUCGGCGGCUCUGGUCACAGGCAUCAACUCGGGAGGCCCGCUGCUCAUUGUCUACGGGAUCAUGAUCAUUGCCCUCAUCUCAGUCUGCGUCGGCAUCUCCCUAUCAGAACUGGCUAGCGCUCUCCCCAACGCCGGUGGCCAGUACUUCUGGGCCAACGAACUGGCUCCGAAGCGAUGGGCCAAUUUUGCUUCAUACCUGACCGGAUGGUUUGCGUGGGCCGGUUCCAUCUUCACGUCGGCCAGUGUUGCGCUGGCCAUGGGAAGCGCGUUAUGCGGCUGCUGGCAACUGUCGCACCCUGACUUCGUGAUUGAGAGCUGGCACGUCUUCGUCACCUACCAAAUCGUCAACAUCUUCUGCUUCUUCUUCAACUGCUGGGGCAAGGUGCUCCCCACGAUCUCGUCGACGACGCUGUACAUCUCCCUCAUCUCGUUCGCCGUCAUCCUGAUCACGAUCCCGGCCAAAGCGCCCACGCACCAGCACGCCAAGUUCGUCUUCGCCACCUUCAUCAACAACACGGGCUGGUCGGAGGGCGGCAUCGCCUUCAUCGUCGGCCUGGUCAACACCAACUGGGCCUUUGCGUGCCUGGACUGCGCGACGCACCUGGCCGAGGAGGUGCACCACCCGGAGCGCAUGAUCCCCAUCGCCAUCAUGGGCACCGUCGCCAUCGGCUUCGUCACGUCGUGGACCUACUCGGUCGCCAUGUUCUUCAGCAUCGUCGGCGACUUCCAGGAGCUGGUCGCCACGCCCACCCUCGUCCCCAUCCUCGAGCUCUUUUCGCGCGCCCUCGCCUCGUCCGCCGGCGCCACGGCCGGCGCCAUCGCCCUCGAGUCGCUCAUCAUCGCCACCGGCCUGGGCUGCCUGAUCGCGUCGCACACGUGGCAGAGCCGGCUGUGCUGGAGCUUCGCGCGCGACCGCGGGCUGCCGGGUCACCGCGCGCUGGCCGUUGUGCACGCUGGCUUGGACGUGCCGCUGACGGCGCACGCGGUCAGCUGCGCUAUCGUCGCUGCCGUCGGCUGCCUCUACCUCGGCUCCUACACGGCCUUCAACAGCAUGGUCACGGCCUGCAUCGUGCUGCUCUACGUCUCCUACUCCAUCCCCGUCGCAUGCCUGCUGCUGCGCGGCCGCAACAACAUCGAACACGGACCUUUCUGGCUCGGCCCCAUCGGCUUCGUUGCGAAUUGCGUACUGCUCGCCUGGACUGCGUUCACUGUCGUCAUGUACAGCUUCCCGUAUUCGAAGCCCGUCCUGGCGAGCAAUAUGAAUUACGUGAGCGCCGUGUACGGCGUUGUCUGCGCGAUUAUGGGCGUCGAUUGGCUGGUGCGCGGGAAGAGGGAGUAUAGGGGGCAGAGUACCAGACAUGAGCAGGUCGAGGAGGUGGUGAGGAGGGUGGGGAGCGUGAGUGAGGGGACGGUGUGA